UCGCGCCUCCAAGAGGCGGGACUUGUUCAGUCAGACCAAUGAGAGCCAGAAGCGCUUGGGCAGGAGUUAGGCGAUUAGGCUGGUGCAUGGCGGAUAAGGUGCUGUUCGAGUUUUUGCACACCGAGAUGGUGGCGGAGCUGUGGGCUCCGCACCCCGACCCAGGCCCUGGGGGACAGAAGAGGAGCCUGUCCAUCCUAGAGAGCAUAGGCUUCCGAGUGGGCCAGGCACUGGGUGAGAGACUGCCCCAGGAGACUCUGGGCUUCAGGGAGGAGCUGGAUGUCCUCAAGUUCCUCUGCAAGGACCUGUGGGUGGCCGUGUUCCACAAGCAGAUGGACAGCCUCCGCACAAAUCACCAGGGGACCUACGUCCUGCAGGACAACAGCUUUCCCCUGCUCGUCCCCAUGGCCUCAGGCUUGCAGUAUGUGGAGGAGGCGCCCAAGUGCUCUGUGUCCCCUGCUCCAGUUCCUGGCCUUCACCUGCGGCCUUCUGUGCGGCACCCUCAGUACCCUCGGCUUCCAGAGCUUGGUCACCACCUCUGUGACAUCCCUGCCUGCCUGUAAGUUUCAGGUGGUGAUCCGGAAACCCUGAGAGCCUGGGGCCCAGCCUUGAAGCAGCCCUGGUCUCCCUCCUGCCCCAGGAAAGGCUGUCACCUUGCACAGAGCCCAAGGCUGCUGCCUUUGGGGUAGUGUUGGGACUGGUGCUGCUGGGGUCACCCCUGCCCAAGGAGAGGGUAUCCCAGCGAGGUGGGGGGCAUGGGGUCAGGUGGUCCCACAGUGGGGAUUGGAAUGGAGGAAUGUGGGUCAUGUCACUCCGAGUGAUAAGCCCUCAAUAAACAUUUUCUGAAUGGA